AUGCAGGACGCAUAUGCACUUUGUCGCGUGUUUAAAAAGAUUGUGAUUGAAGCUAAGCCAAGAGAUCAGCAUCGGCCUUACGUCCACGCGAUGUCGAAUGCGAGUGGCACUUCGAAUUUUGACGCUUGUUCGGAUCUAGAGAUCAGUUCAACUACUCAUCAAGUUCAAAAUGCAUUCCAACCGCGAUUUGGAAACGGACUUUUUAAUUCAAACGCAAUCAGUAACGAAGACUGGUCGCAAUACUACGGCUCUUCUUACGCACCGUUCCCUACUUCAUAUAAGGUUAACAAUCAUGAGCUCGAAUGCUCAAUGUUACAACACAAUAUAUCUCUACCACUGUUGCGUGUAGAGAACUCUGUGGUCAGCGAUUGCGAUUUCUUUACGAGUAUGACUCACAACAACAAUCAUGGCGUUUUGGAGGACUUAACUUUCGUUGCAAGUAACUCCAACCAUUUUAAUAGUGUCGGUGAUCAAGUGAUCCACAUAGGCAAUUAUGAUGAACCAUCAAUAAUGUCAAAUCAUCAUAUGAACCAGGGUUAUCUAGAAGAGCAGAAGAUCAUAUCGCACGGUAUUGACCAAGAUCUUGAAUUUCAUGGAAACAACAAUAACAACAUAGAUAUAGAUGAUUUCUUCUCGUUUGAUAUAUAUAACGAGGAAAACGUAAAUCGAAUAGAAGGCAAUGAAGACGACGUGAAUACAAAUGAAACCCUUGAUUCAUCGGGAUUUGAGGUGGUUGAAGAAGAAACUAGGUUUAACAACCAAAUGCUCAUCUCGACAUAUCAAACAACGAAUAUUCUAUAUCACCAAGUCGUACCUUCUCACACGUUGAAAGUUCACAUCAAUCCUACUAAUCACAAUGUGGAAGAGAGAACAUUGUUCAUUGAAGAGGACAAAGAUUCUUGGUUACAAAGAGCUGAGAAGAUCACGAAAAGCAAAUUAACUCUUGUGAGUUUAAUGGCUCAGCAAUAUUACAGAUGCCUUGCGAUUUUUUUCUGA